AUACUCUCCCUGUGUUCCCAUACGUUCCCUGUGUUCCCAUACUCUCCCCGUGUUCCCAUACUCUCCCUGUGUUCCCAUACUCUCCCCGCGUUCCCAUACUCUCCCCGUGUUCCCAUACUCUCCCCGUGUUCCCAUACUCUCCCUGUGUUCCCAUACUCUCCCCGUGUUCCCAUACCCUCCCCGUGUUCCCACACUUUCCCCCAUCCCGCAGCCUGGCCAAAGGUCGGCCCGGCCGCCAUGCCGCGCGGCCCUGCGGGGCCGGUUCCUCCUCCGCCGGGGCGGGCAGGGGAAGCGCGGGGAGAGCGCAGCGGGGCCCGAGCCGUGCCGUGCCGUGCCGGGACAGCCCUGCCGGGACAGCCCUGCCAGAGAGAGGCUCCGCAUGGCCCGGCAGGAGCGGCAGCAGAGCGGGGAGGAGCAGGAGGCAGCCGGCAUCUCCCGCAGGUUCUCCUUCCUGGGUGCCGCCCAGCCCCUCGCGGCCGGCCGGGCCCGCAGCUCCCAGCUCUGGCCGGCCCCGGGGAGCAGGGAGCGCUGCCAUACGCUGCAGAGGAUGGACACCAACAAAAGCAUCGGCUGGGGCAGGCACAGCCUGGGGAGCUGGGGUAGGACUUCAGGCAGGUUCUCCGCUAGCCCCAGCAGUAGCCGGAGGAAGGAGCUGAAGGAAAUCCUCCUGCUGAGCAACAGCCCUGGCAGCACCUUACGGUUUGCCACUGCUCAGAAGACACCCAGCAGCAGCAGUCUUCCUGCGGGGCUGCACCAAGAGCAGAAGCCUGAGCAGAGCCCUGAUCUGCUGCCCCUUGUCCUUGAUCCCCUGGAGCACGCGUGGCUGCUGACGGUGGCCGAGGGUGAUGCGGACAGCAUCAUCAGGCUGCUGGACCUGGAUCCCAGCCUGCUGACCAGGAGAGACUUUGUGACAGGCUUCACCGCUCUUCACUGGCUUGCCAAGCACGGCCACCAUGAGAGCUUCAUCCAGGUUGUCUCCCAUGCCCAGAAGAAAGGCUACCCCGUCAACAUGAACAUCCCCACAGCCAGCGGCGGGCUCACCCCUUUGCACCUGGCCGCCUUGCAGGGACACGAGGUGCUCAUCAAGGUGCUGGUGGGAGCUUACGGGGCAGACACCACCUGCAGGGACCACAACGGGCGCAAGGCUUGGCAGUACCUGCCAGCAGACACCUCCAGGGACCUGAAGGAGCUGGCAGGGGCUUUGGAGGAGGACUUGGUCCAGCUGCACUCUCACAACACCAACAACAACUGUAAGUCAUCCAGAGAGGCUGGGGCAGGGCAGGACUGUGUGGACUCCAGGGCCGAGGGAAAAGCCCAACACUCCUGGAGCCUGUCGACCCUCCGAGGCUUUGUUAGACAGGCCUUUGCUUUCUUCCAUGAGCGUUGAAGCUCUCCUGGCUCCAUUCACUGGUAAAACCAUGCUGGAUAGCAGCCAGAAAAGCCUGCAGAGAACUGGGGACUUGGCUACUCAAAAUCCUGGCCAAGUGAGGGUUAAGCCAUGGCACCGUGGCCACCCUGGGUCUUGUGGUCUUUUGGGGCUAUUCUGGUGUGUAUGUAGAGCACCAUGGCCAUUGGGAGCAGUACCUCGGGACAGCCCUUCCAAAAAACUGCCUGUCUGCAGAGGGGGCUCUGCCCUAUGCCCCCUUGGAUGGGGACUCCUUGUUGCAUCCCAACAGAUGGCCAUGGUUGGGGCUCACGUCUGCUCUGCUGUGGGGAGCUGUUCCAACACCCUGUGUGCCCACAGGAGGAUGCUGACCCACCACGUGUGGUGGAUCUCAUGCUGCAAACACCUUCCAGCUCCCUCUGAGAUCCCCUGACCUCUGCCAUACGUACCUUCUCUGGGUUGAUGUUUAUUUAUGACAGCUGAUUAUAAAGCUGAUUCUCAGUAGAGUAAGAGCUAAUGGCCCUGUUUGUUAGAAGAGUGCAGGCCAAGAGAAGCCUUUCAAAGUGUAAAACAACUCACACUGGCAGUCCUUCCCUUGAGAUCCCCAUCCCAGGAAGCCUGAAAUGCUCAACCUCAUUAGGAAUGAGGGCCAGAGCAAAGGAGGCAGGAAGGACACAAGGGGGGCAGCAUGUGGUGGCUCCUGUGGGGAUUAGAGUUCAGGAACAGCUCUGGAAAGAUGAUUCAUUCUCAGAAACUGUGGAAAAGGUAUGUGAAGGCUGUGAGAUUGAGAUUAUUUUUAUUGCCACUGAGAUCAUGCUCAAAUAACAGUGCGUGUAUGUCUCGUCACUGCAUUAAAAGGCCAAAGCCUC